UUAUACACAGUGGCGGAGGCAAGGGGGCGCGAGGGGGUGCUAAAGCACCCCCUUCUCUUGGAAAUUUCACCAGUAUACCUUACUUGCUCUUUAUUCGUACCCCCUACCUCAGUUCCAGGUCGGUGUGGAAGCGAAAGUGAUGGUGAGCUCUCAGAUGACCUACGUUCCGGUGAGGCCUUCGUCGAUGUUUUCUGGAUCUAAGAAAAUGCGCAUGCACUGCCUCAUCGAGGAAGAGGGCAUCGUGCUGAUGCUAGGGAUCUUCGACGCCCUCUUCUCUGGCAUCCUACAGAGCUCUAGAUUCAAGGCUGGAUUUGUCUCUGGAUACGUCAUCUCCGCUUCCCACCUCGGCAUGCCCAGACAUCCGUCUCACAUAUGCUUUCACCAUUCCCUUGCUUCGAUUCUUUUUUUUCUUCCUUUUAUGAGUUGCAAUUUUCUCUUCGAUCUAUGCCUUUGUUUGUAAUUUCUGUUCAGAUUUUGGUAUUUUAGGACUUUGGAGAUGGCCGAUGUUGCUCGAGCGAUUUGCACCGUGACUCCUAACAUUAUGUUCAUUGUUGAUGCUGGUGGAUAAAAUUGUUGAAGCAUAGGUAGUUUCAGAUUCUCACAUUUGGUUGGUGUGCUUCAUGUAAAAUCUCUUUAUGACUGGUAUAAAGCUCCUAAUUUGUGACAAGAAGGCUGAAUCCAGCAUGGCCAUGGAUAGGAAUAAUUCAACAGAAAGAGACAUUGCCUUGGAUCUAGAAAGUUGCAUGAAUUCUGUGAAAAAAGAACAGGAAGGAGUAAAGGAUAUAGGAAUUCUGAGUAGCUUUGACAUUGAUGCAUUUUUAAAACCGGACAGAGAUGGGCAAUCGGAACAUAGUCGAUCUAGCUCUUCUGAACAUUCUUACACAGAUGAGGAGGCUUUGGUUGACAAGAGGGUUGAACCAGAGGAAAAUGUAAGCCUUUUGGAGAAGAAAAUUGAACUUGAGAAGCCAAAAAAGAAAGGGCGCAAGAAGCCACCUAAGCCACCUCGUCCUCCCAACUCUCUGCCUCUUGAUGCUACUAACCAGAAGCUGAUGAAGGAGAUCGAGGAAAUUGCAAGGUUGAAGAGAGAGAGGAUUCAACGAAUGAAAAUCAAGAUGAAGAAUGCUAAAUCAACACAUUCUAAUAGCAGCCUUUGGGCCUUGCUCGUCACCAUUCUUUUCAUCCUUGUUAUAAUCUGGAAAGGAGUCUAUUCUCGAGGAAGCUACAGACUCGGCUUCUAUGGUACACCUGAAUCAUCAGCACAAAGUAGAGGUGGAUUUGUUUCCAUUCAGUUUUACAAGAACGUCUCAGCAAAUCUUCAUUCUCCGGCCUCAUCAGCUUCCCCCAAUAACUUAGAACAUUAGUCAUGAUGGGUUGCAGAUGGAAAAGCUAUCAGGGAAGCUUUGAAUAACAAAGUCUCAUAAAUCAUUUACUUUCUUGGUGUUUUUUUCUUAGAUUCAAUAAGUCAACUAUGUACAGAGACGGACAGAAGUAGCCUCUUUCUUGAUAGAACAGUUGUGUUUAUGAAACAGAUGCCUCGGAAAUACUUUUGUGCAUGAUCACCACACAUUUUUUUGUUAA